CAACACUCCCUGGCAUCAGGAGAGCGCUGCCAAGUGGUCGCAAGAGGCGGCCGAAAAGCCGCCGGAGGGCUGCCCCCGGAGACGACCAAUGUCGUUCUCCUGAGACCCAGCCUUCCCUGACGCCUGCCCCAAGCCAUAAAAACAAGGAUGCCACCAACACCCAAGACGCCGGCCGACCAGCCGACGGGCGCGCCGUCGCCGUCGCCCGACAGCGAGCGCUACGCGGCGCGCGCCGCCGCGCCCAAGGCCGUCGCCCGUUUAUAUUCGGAGAGCCGGGUAGCGGAAAAGCGCGCGAACCAAGCUGAACGGGAAGCCACAUCCUUGAGACGGACGAUCGACGCGUCGUCGGAGAUCGCCAGGAGACGGAACGCGCUGCUGCGGAACGGCGGCUCCUGGCUCCAGCGCGGCGGUGGUGAUGAUGGCGCCGAGGCGCCCAAGGGCGGCGUGCCGCUCCCGGGGCUGUCCGAGGUCGGACCACCACCACCACCCUCCCAGGACGCGUCGCCCUUACCGGCCCACAUCGAAGAGCGCCUGCGCCAGCUCCAGCUCCCCGACGCCUGGGCCGGCGAGGUUAGGGAUUUGAUCCAGCAGUCGCGCGACGAGGCGCAACGUGACGUCGUCGACGUGGAGUUCGACGUCGACGCCACGCCGCCGCCGUCGCCCGAAGGCGAGGUCUGGCCGUCGUGGACGUCGCCGCACAAGACGACGUCGCCCGCCAAGCUCUGGUCGCCGCGGCGACCGCCUCCAAAUAGUCCCGAGCGCGAGCGGCCCUCCCAGGACGCGCCGCCCGGUCGUGUAUGCGCGCCGCCGGCCCUCCGCGCGACGCGGACCGUGGAGUUGAGCACCGUCGAGGACGACCCCGAGGACGCUGACCGGGCCGUCGUCGUGCGCCAGGACUCGACGGAGUACGGCUCGUCGAUCUUCUGCGGGUGCACGUCGGGCUUCGGGGCCCAGACGGAGGAAGCGCCGCCUCCCGAAUCAUCGUCGUCGACGAUCUUCUGGAAGGACCUCGUGCGGAAGCCGUCGCGCGACGCGGCCUGGGCGGGCGAGGACCCCUACGCGUAAUACUUUGGAAUUUCAUAC